AGGCAACACCUUGCAACCUGCCACUGCAGUCUGCAAGUUGCAACUUCAAGAGGCCACCAUGCAAGCAAGGCUGUGACAGGGAGCAGCAUUGCUAUUAACUGACAUGGCAGAGGAAGGGCUUUGGGCAAGCAGCAAGCUGGCCUAGCUCGCAAGGUGGAGAAGUGGCCUGGAAUUGUCAAGCAGCGUCAGAUGUUGUGUGGUGUGACGUUGAGGCCUGCUUACCUUUAACCUGCGGAGGUUGAUGGCCAACAAAUAAGUUGUCCGUUAAGAAGAGAGACAGGGUACAAUGUCGUGGACAAGCAUGCCCUUCCGACCGAACAGGCGGCUGUGGUGUUCACUUGCUUUUGUGUGCUUCUUCGUUGCUGGGGUUGGAAGCGAAGGCGUGGGGGCCUCGUUGCCAAGGGCUAAACGUUCGGUGCGCUCACUGAUAGGGACGGCAAUUGUAGGUCUGUCUAACGUCAGCUCACCGGAUGGGGACACUGGAGUAAGAGUUGAUUCAGGGGGCAAAAUCCCAGGGGAAAAGGAGCCCCCAAAAUCCAUAGGUGCGGACUUGCUGUUUCAAGGGGCAGCCCCCCUGCCCUUGCCCACAGUUGACCGGCAAUCAAGUGCCGGCCCAGAAGUUGCAGCGGGAACUCCUGUUUCAACCCAACUGCUCUUGAAUAGCGCUCAAUCGAUUGCACCAACGAGUCCAGUACUCACAACUCUGGGAGAGAAGUCCAGAGCCCCCUCCCAAGCACCCUCCAUCGAACCACUUCCCGCGUUUCCUUCGCCCCCGGAACAGAAUAGCGCUCAGUCGCUCGCACCAACAAGUGCGCUUGUUGAGGGGGUACUCCCAAACCUGGAAGAGACGUCCAGCGCUCCUGUUCGAGGACCCUCCAUCGAACCACUGCAAGCAGUUCUGUCACCCCCCAAACAGUUAGUCCACCCACUCGUUGAUAUAGGUGAACCGGUCUCUGCGCCUGCCCCCUUGGAGAGUCUGCUGAGCCAAACCGCUGCAAGCGGACCGCAAUCGUCACCAGAAACCAUACCCACAGUAGCCGCUCUUGCGCAUGGACCAGUAGGGCCUGUCGUUGCCAGUCCCUACAAAGCCACUCCCGUAAGCACGCAGACGGCUGCCUUGGUCGUCGGGAAGGGGUCCAACACACCUGGUUUUGCGCGCGCGGAGGGGGCCAUGAAUACACCGCUUGAUGGGGAGAGUGGAGAUGUGCGGGGUUUUGCAAGCAUGCGGGGUCCCCCGGUGGAUCAACAAACAGGAAGCACGUCAAGUCACCAUUCGCAUUUUGGGACAUGGUUUGUGGUUUUGAUCGGAAUCGGUUUGGCCGCUGGCAUCCUUGCUGCGGUUGCGAUCAAGUUACUGACAAUAAGGCGUGCUAAGCGUCAACGAGAAGUUUUGCCGCUUGUCCAAGAAACCGAGAUGACACUAUUGUAGACACAGGAGUGUGUUCUUCCUUCAAAAAGGCCUAGCCAUUGCUUUUGAACAGCGCAAGUUCUGUUAGUAGCCUUCUGAGUUGCACACAAGUUGAUUGCAGAAAUUACAUUGAAUUAAAGUCAAGGGUCUCUUAAAAAGCCGCAAAUGAUCGACUAUGACAGUUACUCAGUGCUUUUGGACAUCGAAGACAACUGAUAUUUGAAGGCAUGCCGUCUCAAUAUCCGAAAAAUCUAAGUUUCACAGCUUUUUUUAAUUUGCAGUUUUCGAGAAUCUAGCACAGCUGAACGAGAAGGAUAACAAGUUCGAGCAAGAUUAGCUUAAGACGUACAGUCAGCUUGUAAGACCCUCGUUUGUGAAGAGGAAAGAAUUCGCUUCUAGUUUGUAGAACUCGAGUCAAGAUAUGGAACAUUUUCUGAGAGCUUUGUGCCACCAACUUCGACUUUCGUUUGGACGUUUCCGACUGCAAAGUUAUCAGCAGAAACGUUUCUUGAAAGAGCUUGGGUCGAAGGCUGGCUUCCCCUCGAUGUUUCGGCUCUCUAAGCGUUUCAACUUGAAAGCCUUCUGA